UCACGCAGGAGAGUUGCGACUCAAGCAAGAUGGCGGAAGACAGCGGACAGAGGAAUCGGCAUUACUCGGCCAACAAACAUAAACGCCACAACUUGGACGAAGAUAUGACCGGUGUGGAGGAUGUUCCAUUGUGCCGCCCUAUUCAAGAGUUGAGCUCAUUGGACGAGGUCAGUCCUAACACUAAUGGGCUGGCACCCUAUGCUGUAGAGGAGGAGCUGGUAGCUGAGGUGGACCCUGUCCCAGAGGGAGCUCGACCCAUCCAGAUCGUGAUAGCCAAUGAGGACGAUCAUAAGUUUGAGUUGGAUGCAGCCGCGCUGGAAAAAAUUCUGAUGCAGGAACAUGUCAGGGAUCUCAACGUGGUUGUGCUGUCCGUGGCCGGUGCCUUCCGAAAGGGCAAGUCCUUCCUGCUGGACUUCAUGCUACGAUACAUGCACAGUCAGUCAUCUGAGUCAUGGAUGGGAGGUGAUGAUGAGCCAUUGACGGGUUUCUCCUGGAGGGGAGGAUGCGAGAGGGAGACCACAGGAAUCCAGGCCUGGAGUGAAGUGUUUGUUGUAGAGAAGGCUGAUGGAACUAAGGUGGCUGUGUUGUUGGUGGACACUCAGGGAGCAUUUGACAGUCAAUCCACCAUCAGAGACUGUGCUACUGUCUUUGCCCUAAGCACCAUGACCAGCUCUGUGCAGGUUUAUAAUCUUUCUCAAAAUAUCCAAGAAGAUGAUUUACAGCAUCUCCAGCUUUUCACAGAAUAUGGCCGACUUGCAAUGGAGGAGAUCUAUGAGAAACCAUUUCAGAAACUGUUAUUUCUAAUCAGAGACUGGUGUUUCCCUUACGACUAUAAUUAUGGGCUGGAUGGAGGAAAUCGCUUCCUGGAGCGGAGAUUACAGGUGAAACAGAAUCAACACGAAGAGCUUCAGAAUGUUAGGAAGCACAUCCACGCUUGUUUCUCCAGCGUCAACUGCUUCCUACUGCCACAUCCGGGUCUGAAGGUGGCCACCAACCCUCACUUUGAUGGCAGACUGAGAGAUAUUGAUGAUGAGUUUAAAAAGGAGCUGCAGGAUCUAGUGCCCUUAUUGUUGGCACCAGAGAACCUGGUGGAGAAAGAGAUCGGCGGAGCCAAAGUCACAUGCAGAGACCUGCUGGAAUAUUUUAAGGCAUACAUUAAAAUCUAUCAAGGGGAGGAGCUUCCACAUCCUAAAUCUAUGCUGCAGGCAACCGCUGAAGCGAAUAACCUGACAGCUGUCGCUGGAGCAAAAGACACCUAUAGCAGAACCAUGGAGAAGGUAUGUGGAGGGGACAAAGCCUACAUCGCCCCCAUCGACCUCCAACGCUAUCACGAGGAGCUCAAGGACGCCUCUGUCAAGCAGUUCAGCGCGGUGAAGAAAAUGGGCGGUGUGGAGUACAGUCAGCGCUACCAGCAGCAGCUAGAGACAGAGCUGGAUGAGGUGUACACGAAUUUCGUCAAGCACAACGAAUGCAAGAACAUUUUCUAUGCAGCCAGAACUCCAGCCACACUGUUUGCCGUCAUGUUUGUUACCUACAUGGUCUCCACAGUAACGGGCUUCAUUGGCCUGUUAGUCAUCGCCACUCUGGCCAAUCUGGUGAUGGGGGUGUCGCUGCUGUCGUUGUGCGCCUGGGCGUAUGUCAGAUACUCGGGAGAGUAUAGAGAAGUCGGCGUGGCUAUAGACCUGACAGCAGAGGCUCUGUGGGAACAGGUUCUGAAGCCCCUUACCGAACCAUACAUGCAAGAAAACGUCCGACAGACUGUAGUAAACUCUAUAAGAGCCACACUAACGGAUCAGUUGACACAGACAACUAAGCUGAAGGUCAACUGACAGUUUGCUGUGCCGUUUCUGCCCAUUGUGUGAACAAGCAGUGCUUUUGUCAUGUGUUAGUUUCCUUUGAUGUUAUGUAGACUCUAACCAAAGUUUACAGCAUAAUUUACCCUGACCAAUAAUACACACGUACACAUGACCCACCAAAACAACAGCAUUUACCAUUCGUUCAGGCUGUAGAUUAAUCAGGUUUACAUACAGGUUUGAUCUUCUCUGGGGUUGAGGGUUUAUUCCUAUAUAAGUGCUGCAAAGUCUAUUUGAACACUACAUCUGUAAUCCCUUGCACGGUUAAAGUUACUGCUUCGAAAGUGGAUAAGAGCUUAUUUCCAUCUUGCAGAUUUGCCUUCUAGCACAUACAGUUAUUUAAUGUGAAACUGUACUGCUGCUUUUGCACGAUUUCUUGCAACUUGUUUUUUAGAGCCAUUCAGGAAUGCUGAAGCCGUAAAUCCAUCCGUAAGUCCCCUUAACCGGCCCCCUAUCUGUACAGUGUUGUUUUAGAUUGUAUCCUAGCUUUAUGCAUGUAAAUGAGUGUACAAAUAUCACUUGUUACUAUGUAGAUCAUGGGGGGUUUGAGACUGUGAUUUUCUAUUUGCCUUUAUUUGUGAAAAGUUAAGAGCACUUCAUUGUGAUGUUUUGUGAUAUGUGGAAGUGUUGAUGUUAUCACUUGAUUUGUCUUUUAAGGUAAUGACCUGUAAUUUAUUUUUUAAACUAUUAAAAUAUUUAAACUGUU